AUGGCGGUCAGAACUAUUAGGCGUGAUAUUUUAGAAAGUCUUUCUGCUGAGAUUGACGCUUUGUUCAAACAAGUUGAGCUUAAAUACUGGGGAUUUCUACCGUGGGAUGCAAUUUCAGAAAAGCUGGCAGUCCAAGACUUUUUUCGUGAGCUUUCUCAUGGGAAGAAAGAGGCUAUUAUUGCGUAUUCUAACAAGUAUUCACCCGAAGAGAAGCUUGCAGCUUCGUGUUUACACGACAUGGCUUGUUCUGAGCUUACGUUCUGGGCAAAAUCUAUUAGUCGUAGGCUGUAUUUCACAGCCAGGCAUUCCCAUCCUUGGGUAGUGGAAUUCAGCUCAAGAUUACAAACGCUGGUUUUUGAACAUAUUAUUAAAACCCUGACAUGUUCUUCCUCGUUUGCUGUAAAUAUUCACCUGAAAUGUACAGCCAAAGAAAGGAAAGUGAAAGAGCGCACCGUUGAAAUUAGUAACUACAGAAAACUCUGUCAAUUAUUUGCUGUCGCUGGUAAUUGUGAAACAAGUUUAAAGAAAGAUGUAUCUGGAAAGGGUCGUAUUAAUGUUAUUGUCAAUGACAGUAAACCAUUUGUUGUGACUUACAAUGAACAAAAAGAAACUGUGACAGUUAUGUGUCACUAUGGAAGCUGGAAUACAGAUGGGUUACCACAAUUUAUUUAA